AUAAUGGUAUGAAACUCGAAAAAGGUUGUGAAAACUAGUGGAAAUUAUACAAAAGUGUUUUCAUUGAUUUCAUUAAACUGAUCAUGAAUUCCCCCAAAAUCGGUAUUUUUUUGUCUCGGCCACCGUAUCCACCAGAUUUGCCCCCUGCGACUUUUUUCUCUUCCCAAGAUUGAAAAGACCCAUAUAAGGACGGCGAUUUGCGACGAUUGAGGAGAUAAAAAUUGAAUCGCUGAGAAAGAGAGCUCUGGGACAUACCAAAAAGCGCCGGGGGCCGAGGGAGCUACUUUGAAGGGUACAAAAUAUGAAUUGAUGCAUGAAUAAAUAAUUUUCAGAAGGAAAUGAAAAUUCACCCUAUUUUUAGAACGGAGUAGUACUUAUAGUGUGAUAUCAUGUUGUCAAAAACUGUCCUGAAACUAGUCAUUGGCAGUUGAACAAUUCUUAUCGAUAUCAUUAGUAUAUUCUAGCUACGUUUUAUUUCUGAAUAUCAUUAGAAUACUCGUCGAAGUUUCGUAACGAUGUAGAAAUAAAGUAGGGUGUUAACGUUCGAUAAAAAUCUAUCAGUGAAUCAUAGGUUUCUAUACUGAAGAUUCAGCGAAUUGAUCUAGAAUGUGACUUAAAGAUACUAGAAAUGGAUCCUGACAAAAAACUCUUGGUGGCGUCUCCUGGACAUGAACCGAAUGUAUUUUCGAAACUUCUUUUUUGUUGGGUGGUACCGAUUUUUAAAAAAGGCUGCUACAACCAAAUCAAAAGUGGGAACAUCCAUCCAAGAGGAAUGGAUCUGUGUACUCCGCUUGCCGAUGAAUUGGAGAAGAAAUGGAAUAUAGAACUCAUCAAAGCAACAAACAGAGAUAUACCUCCGUGUCUGCAGGUGGCAAUCGUCAAAACCUUUGGAAAGUCUUAUUCAAUAUUUGGAUUCUGGUUGUUAUUACAGAGUGUUGUCAUAAGAACUUUGCUGCCCAUUGUCUUGGAGAAAUAUAUCAAAUCCUUCCACGUUGAUGAGUCAACAAACACCAUAUGGUUUUGGGCGGUCAGCAUCAUAACCCUAACCAUCUUAAACAGUUUGAUGACCUAUCAGUGCUACACAGGCUGUUCCAGAAUCGGUAUGAGGCUGAGAAUCGCAUGCUCGUCUCUAGUUUACAGAAAAGUUUUGAGACUCAGCCAAUCAUCUCUAUCGCAAACUACGACAGCACAAAUAGUCAACUUGUUAUCAAAAGACGUUAGUACAUUCGAUGAAGCUGCCAAAUAUCUCCAUUUCUUUUAUGUGGCACCCAUACAAUGCUUGUGCUCCCUUUAUGUCUUGUGGGAUCUACUAGGGGUGGCUGCUUUUGCUGGGGUGAUGCUGAUAGUUCUAGAAUCCAUCCCAAUGAGAGCCCUAUUGGUGACUUCUCAGAGAAGAUUGUGCAAUAAAACGGAUGUUCUUACAGACCACAGAACGAAAGUUGUUACUGAAAUCAUUUCUGGAAUACACCUCAUCAAGAUGCAUGCUUGGGAAAAGCCGUUCGAGAAAGUUCUGAUGGCUGCUAGGAAAUUCGAAAUCGACCUGAUACAAAAAUCAGCCUGCAUCAAAGCCACCCUCUCUUCUCUCACAUUCCUCACGGAGCGUGUGGCUCUCUUUGUAUCUCUCAUAACCUUCGUACUGCUUGGUAACACCCUAAGAGCUGAGGUGGUUUUCACAGCCGUUAACAUCUUCAACAUACUCCAGCUCUACAUGUGUCAGUACCUCCCGGAAGCUGUAGCUCGGUACGGGGAAGCUAGCGAAGCUAUCGAGAGGCUGGAGAGGUUUCUUCUGCUGGAGGAGAAGGGCAGCGAGUUUAAAGUCAUCAGCUAUACGAAAAGUCGACGAAAACCUGGCUCGAUUAAGUUAGCAGAUGUUUGCAUUAAAAAAGGACACGUGCCAAUACUCCAGAAUCUCAACUUUAGACUUCGACCAGGCACACUUUGCUGCAUAGUUGGAGACUACGGAUCUGGGAAAACUGCCUUCGUGAGCAUGCUGUUGAAAGAACUCUCCAUAGCCUCGGGAAGAAUGGAAGUUAUUGGUUCUGUCUCUUACGCCAGUCAAAAUCCUUGGCUCUUCUCUUCCAACAUCAGAAACAACAUACUAUUUGGUCGCAAUUAUAAUAGACACAGGUAUAGAGAAGUAGUCAAGAUCUGUGGUUUGGAAAUGGACCUGCAGCAGUUACCUCAAGGCGACCAAACCCUUAUAAGAGAGACAGGGGUGAGACUUAGCAAAGCGCUGCAGGCUAAGAUCAACCUGGCCAGAGCUGUAUAUGUUGAUGUUGAUAAUUAUCUUCUGGAUGAUCCGCUAGUUGCAAUUGGUGCUAGUGUGGGGCAGCAAAUUUUUGACGAGUGUAUUUGUGGCUUUUUGGCCAAUAAAACGAGGGUUCUGGUGACGCAGAGAAUUGAGUAUUUGGAAAAGGCUGAUUUGAUUGUAUUCUUGGAAAAUGGAACAAUAAGUAAAAUUUUGAAUUUCCAAGAUCUGUCAGAAACUGAACUGAGUUUACUGGUGACAAGAUCAUCUCAUAAUCGGGAAGAUGUAACAAGUACUUUCGUUGCUAAUCGUGAUCCAGACUUCAUUGAGCAAGAUUCCAAAGAGCGGUCCCCGUGUGGAACCUUGAGGGACUACUUCAGGUCAGGUGCGAAUAGAUGCGUCCUUGCAAUCCUGGCCACCCUCUUCAUUCUGGGGCAACUGUUCACUAAUGUCUCCGAUUUAUGGGUGACCUACUGGGUGAACGUCAAUUCCACUGGAGACACCUCUGGAGCUUCAGACCACAAGAACAUUCUACCUGAUUUGAUGGAAAUCAUACCGAGGAUUAACGACUACAUGGAUCUUGACGAAACAGAGGAAGGGCAUUUCCAUAUCUAUGUCUACACAGGAAUCAUAAUAGCGUGUGUUGUUCUGGUCGUUAUGAGAUCUCUUAUGUUUAACCGAGUUUGCAUCAGUGCUUCUGAAGUGCUUCACGGGAAAAUGUUCUCCCAUGUGGUUCUCGCUCCCAUGAGGUUUUUCAACGUCCACGCAUCAGGAAAAAUAUUGAGCAGGUUCUCUAAAGAUCUAGCCAGUCUGGAUCUGAUUCUACCGAGCGCAACUAUGAAAGCUAUACAGAUCUACAUGAUGAUGUUGGGAAUUUUGAUUCUAGUGUUUAUCACUUCAGUUUGGAUGCUAAUACCAGCUUUUCUAUUGGCAAUAAUCAUCUACUUUAUUGUCUUGUCCUAUUUGAAAACAUCUCGAAUAAUCAACAGUAUGGAAAAAAAAGCUAGAUCACCCUUAUAUUCCCAUAUUACCUCCUCUGUUUCUGGAUUGUCAACGAUACGUUCUUCGGGAGCGGAACAAAUGUUAAGUGAAGAGUUUGACGACCUACUCAAUAGUCACACGAGCUUUUGGUUUCUGUCUUCAUCUUGCUUCGAAGCGUUUGGGUUCUUUUCGGAUGUGAUUUUCACAGUAUUUUUGGCAAUUGUGGCAUUCCACUUCAUUAUUUUCAGAAAUGGUAAGCAAAACAUUCAUAGUGGAAACGUAGGACUGGCGGUAUCCCAAAGUAUUAUUCUGGUAGGAAUGUUACAAUUGGGCGUCAAAUAUGGCACAGGCAUGGCUAAUAGUCUCAUUAGCGUGGAGAAAGUUCUGGAGUACACGAAAAUAGAAAAAGAGAACCUUGAAGGGGAUAACGCCCCUAAAAAUUGGCCGCAGCUCGGUAAAAUAACGUUCAGAAAUACACAUCUCUGGUAUGCAAGGGAAAAACCACCUGCCCUCAAGAAUUUGAAUAUAGUAAUAUUACCGAGAGAAAAAAUUGGUGUUGUCGGGAAGGGAGAUUCAGGACAAUCGACUUUGAUCGCUUCUUUAUUCAGACUCUCCCCAGUUGAAGGACUUGUGGCUAUAGACGACAUUGAUACGUCUACAAUGAGUUUGAGAUCCCUCAGGUCGAGCAUUUCUUUCAUACCGCAGGAGCCGGUUUUAUUUUCAGCAACCAUAAGGUACAACUUGGAUCCUUUCAACAGGGUUACAGAUGACGUACUUUGGAAAGCCCUGGAAGACGUCGAUAUGAAAGGGACCGUUUACAAUCUAUCUCAGCUAGUUUCUGAGAGAGGGUCCAAUUUCGAUACAGGCGAGAGAAGAUUGCUCUGCCUUGCUAGAGCUUUGGUUAGAAACAACAAAAUUUUGGUAGUGGAGGAAGGUUCAGUUGAUACAGAUCCAUCUACUAAUCGCCUGAUCCAGAAGAUAAUCCGAGAAAAAUUCCAGAAAUGCACCGUCAUCACCAUCGCUAACAACCUGUCAACAGUCAUUGACAGCGACAAGAUCCUUGUCAUGGAUGGAGGGGAGGCUUUGGAAUACAGUCAUGCUCAUGUACUUCUUCAGAGUCCUGAUGGCCAUUUCAAGAAGAUGGUGGAAGAAUUAGGAGCUAAAUCACAAGAAACUUUGAGGGAAGCCGCCAAGAAGGACUUCGAGAAGAAGAAUUUGGGGAUAGAGUUCACGUUUGAUAACUGUUAAGUUCGAUUUUGUUUCAGUAUGAUUAUUGUUGGUUUCGUUUCACUAUAAAGUAUUAAACAAUGAGAAUUAUAU